AGCCAUGAGGCUGCCGGUUUGCCUGGGCUGGCUCCUCUUCUUUGUGUCCCUGCUGGCACACAUCUGCUGUGAGGACGUGUUUGGCAUCUUGGGAGAAAAUUUUACUUUUCCAGUAAAAAUAGACCAAAACAUAGUGGAAAUUAUUUGGACAAAAAACAAGGACAAAGUGGCUGAAUGGGAAGGGCAAACCAACCCGACUUAUUUUACUUCUCUCCAGAACAGAAGCUUGCUUAACAAGGAGAAUGGGCAAUUGACUAUAUUUAACUUGGAAAACAAUGAUGCUGGCACAUAUGUGUUAGACUGCUUGAAUUCUGGGGAAAAAAAUUAUGUCUUAACCUUCAUACUUGCUGUGUUAGCUCCUCCAUCAGAACCUGAAAUAAGUUGCAACAUCAGUGGUAAUGACAUGGCGUUAAAAUGUACAGCAGAUUUCCCGAAGCCUCUGAAUUACUCUUGGAAGUUCAGUAGCUUACCAUUCACUCAUCAGACCCAGGAAAUUGUCAUCCCUAAGAAGAAUGUUCCUGCUUCUGAGAAAGCUGCAUGUUUCAUUAAAGUCUCUCAAAUGGAAAAGAGCUGUGAAAUCUCUUUGACUCAAUGCUUUCCAGAUAAAAAAGGGGACAGCUAUGGCAAAAGAAACAGAGGUGGUCUUAUUGCAGCUUUUAUUCUCCUAAUUCCAGUUGUAGGAGUACUAGGAUUCCUAUACAGAAGAGGUAGAAUUAAACUUGGAACAGGAAGAGCUGCUCUGAAGAGCAGUCUGCUGCAUGGCUCAGCUACGUCUUCACAAGCUGUUGAUUGUGAGAAUGAAAAGUCUGAAGCAGAUGAAGAAUUGAACAAGGAGAACAGUGCCCUGAAAGACAAGCAGACAGUUAACAGGGGUGUAAAUCAGGAAGAAGCCUCUGCCAUGCAGAACAGCACCCUGACAUCUGAGUGUGCAGUUAACCAUGGUGUAACUGAGGGAGACACCUUUAAGAAGGAGAACAGCAGCUUGCUGGCCAAGCAUGCAGGUGACCAUGGUGUAAAUGAAGGAGAAGUGACCCAGGAUGCGGAAGGUGGAAAUGGGGAGCACCUGAGCAACUCUCCCAGCUUCAGUAAAGAAGGUGUGCAGCUGUGUUUUCUUUGGUCACUAAGAAUGGAGAGUUUACUUAAUUUGUGGUUUUUUUGUGGUUUGUUGUUUUUUAAACCUAUAUGGACAUGGUGGGAAAGCUCUUCUAAAUAAACAGACCAGUGGGCCUGAGGGCUGACACGUGGAAUGAGAAAUCUGAUUAUUACCCUGUAUGGGAGAAUAGUUGAUCAACACUACAUCUUAUGGUUAUUAGUGAAAUUCAGGCUGCAAAGAUACAAUGUUUUGCAACAAUUGUUUCAUAUUCCAUGAAUUAGUUAGAACCUUUACGCAGUCAUCAGUUCUGUAUGCUGCAUUUACUAUGAGGGCAUAGCAGGCCUCCAUUCAUGUGUCUCCAAAGCUGUUUUGCCCUCUCAGUCUAUUUUCUAUGGUAUGUGUGCAGACCAGUGCAUCUGUGAGGUCACACAGCUGCUUCUUGGAGUACAUCAACAUGGAGAAUAUCAAAACUCAGAUUAGUCCUGUCCCAAAUCUGGUAACAGAAGAAUAUAAGGGCUAUCCUUUAAUAAAUUGCACAGGCAAAGGCUUACAUUGGUCUGUCAUCCAUCCAGACCAGAAUACAGUUUCUGUAGAAUUUUUCUAGAGUAGAGGAAGCCUAUAGAAUGCUACCUGGUUUCACUCUGGUUACUAAUUAAUUUCACACAGUGAUUCCCAAGAAGUGUUAAAGGUCAAAGGUUUGGAGCUGAGAUCAUUGACUUCUAGUUUAUAGUGAAAAGUCUUACUGAAGCAUCUAAAUGUGGCAAAGAACACAGAAGGGCCACACCCUUGCCAAGAGAGCAAUUACUACACUCUUAAGUUUGGCUUCCAAAGCACAUGGUAGUAUUGCAGAAAACCCUGCUGAACACUUAUCUGUAGAAAAAUCCAAAGUUCCUAUCUGUGCAACAGGAAGGUUCCAGGCAGAAUAGUUGAAGCUGCAGCAUAGUGCUAGAUCUCAAAGUCUCUGGUCUUCAUGACAGCCCGGUGGUGGAGGUAGAAGUAAUUUCCCCAACCUAGCAGAUUCAGUGGCAGCGUGGAGAAGUGAAAUCAGCUGUCAUCAAUAAUCGUGACUUUCUCAGUUCCCAAGGAAUAUAGUUGAAGUGCACAACCUGCUUAGAAAGAAUUUCACUGGAGUUGUGUAAGAGUUUCAGAAUUAAGACUGUAGGUAAAUAUGUAAUAAAACUUUCUCAUUGCUGGUGUGUCUGCAAAGCUUACACAGACUAAGAUGAUACUGAGAACCGUUGCUGAACUUUGAAUCCAUCUAAUGACAGCAAUCAACUUAUCUGGGUUUGAGAGACUUGCUGUAAUUUACCGUAGUUCAAGGAUGCUUUACUCUGACUCUAGGGAGCAUUAUCUUUCCUGUGGAUGGGUGAAAAUUGUUCUGUGUCGACUGUAACUUGUGGGAUGGCUUGAGCCAAUCUGGUCACUUACUAUCACUGAAAGUGGAGGUCUUGCUCUUUGGACCGGCUCUGAUGUUCAUCACACCCCUCUGUGAGCCAGUUUAACUACCUCAUGUUAGCAGGAAACUGACCCAGCAGAAAAAUCUGGGUGGUCUUCUGCUGGACUAAUAGAUUAAAUCUGAUCACUAAGGGCUUUGAUAAGUACUGGGCUGACAUACCGGAGGAGGUGGGAUGCUG